CCUUGUCAGCAAGUAUUGUCUCCGUCGUUGAGAAGUUGUCAAUUUCGACCAAGAUGAGGGAAAUUGUGCAUUUGCAGGCAGGCCAGUGCGGCAAUCAAAUUGGAGCUAAGUUUUGGGAGGUGAUAAGCGACGAACAUGGCAUCGACCCCAGUGGAACAUACCGCGGGGACAGCGACUUGCAGCUGGAAAGAAUUAACGUUUAUUACAACGAAGCGACAGGUGGCAAGUAUGUUCCACGUGCUGUGUUGGUCGAUUUGGAGCCGGGCACCAUGGACUCUGUGAGAUCUGGUCCCUUUGGUCAGGUCUUCAGACCAGACAACUUUGUCUUUGGUCAAAGUGGAGCUGGUAACAACUGGGCUAAGGGCCACUACACUGAGGGAGCAGAGCUGGUGGACUCUGUCCUGGAUGUGGUGAGGAAGGAGGCAGAGAGCUGUGACUGCCUCCAGGGCUUCCAGCUCACACACUCACUGGGCGGUGGCACCGGCUCUGGCAUGGGCACCUUACUUAUCAGCAAGAUCCGUGAAGAGUACCCAGAUAGGAUUAUGAACACUUUCAGUGUGGUACCAUCACCCAAGGUGUCAGACACAGUGGUGGAGCCCUACAAUGCCACCUUAUCUGUCCACCAGCUGGUGGAGAACACAGAUGAGACCUAUUGCAUCGACAACGAGGCCCUGUAUGACAUCUGCUUCCGUACACUCAAACUGACCACGCCCACCUAUGGUGACCUCAACCACCUGGUUUCUGCCACCAUGAGUGGGGUCACCACUUGCCUGCGCUUCCCUGGUCAGCUCAAUGCUGACCUGAGGAAACUGGCUGUCAAUAUGGUGCCCUUUCCCCGUCUGCACUUUUUUAUGCCAGGCUUUGCACCCCUGACAAGCCGGGGCAGCCAGCAGUACAGGGCACUGACUGUUCCAGAGCUCACUCAGCAAAUGUUUGAUGCCAAGAACAUGAUGGCGGCCUGUGACCCACGCCAUGGGCGCUACCUCACCGUGGCUGCCAUCUUCCGUGGCCGUAUGUCCAUGAAGGAGGUGGACGAGCAGAUGCUCAACGUACAGAACAAAAACAGCAGUUACUUUGUGGAAUGGAUUCCAAACAACGUCAAGACAGCCGUCUGUGACAUCCCACCCCGAGGUCUCAAGAUGGCUGCGACCUUCAUUGGCAACAGCACGGCCAUUCAGGAGCUGUUCAAGCGCAUCUCUGAACAGUUCACUGCCAUGUUCCGCCGCAAAGCCUUCCUCCACUGGUACACUGGUGAGGGUAUGGAUGAAAUGGAAUUCACAGAGGCAGAGAGCAACAUGAACGACUUGGUGUCAGAGUACCAGCAGUACCAAGACGCCACUGCAGAGGAUGAGGGCGAAUUUGAAGAGGAGGGAGAGGAGGACAUAGCUUAGAAAAUAUUCCCUAUGUUUUUCCUGUGUUUGCUCAGGCCUCCAAAGGUUUUCUCUGGCCUUAGAUUUAGCUGUCCAGUGUUAUCUUUAUCAAAGAAGGUUGAAUCAUUUCAUCUGGAUACAUUUAUUAACAGAUAUGUUUCAUCACUCAACUAAGUGCCAUCUUCAGUCUAAACUGGGGAUACCUGCAGUCAGUUUAGACUGAAGAUGUCACUUAGAUGAGUGAUGAAACAUAUCUGUCAGUAAACGUUGUAUCCAGAUGAACUGAUUCAGCCUUCUUGGUUUUCUUACCUGGAUUAUUUAGCAUGCAUCGAGACAAUUUUAUCUUUACUUGGUCUUUCCCACCCCUCCUCUUUUUAAUUAUUCAGAUUCCUAAGCUGCAACUUUUGAAAUCCCAUGGUUCAUCUGAUUUUCUCUAAACAGGCCUGUUCUGAAACAUUAUACUUUUGACACUUUAUUAAAUGAGAUUUCCAAAUACUUGUUG